AGAGAGAUAGACAUAUGGAGCAAAAUAAAUCAUCCAAACAUCGUGCCAUUCUACGGAUACAUCCUUGAGGUAGAAGGGAGGACUUUGACAGUAGGCUUCGUAACGUCGUGGUGUCGAUUUGGCAACGUCGCAUCAUACCUGCAAUCGAACCCUCAAAUAGACGAAAUCAAUAUGAUUCAUGACUUAGCAGAAGGACUCAGAUAUCUUCACAGUCAGGAACCACCAAUCAUUCACGGGAACAUGAAGCCUGAGAAUGUCCUCAUAGGCAGUGAUCGAAGAGCCCUGAUUGCUGAUUUCGGGAUUCAUACUAUUUUGGAGGGUUUCUCAUUGGGGAACACUAGUGCUAACCUGGGCAUUGUGGGAGCAAUGCGAUUCACAGCCCCAGAAUUAGUGCAGUACAGCGACGAAUGGCCACGUCGAACAACAGCAUCCGAUGUUUGGGCAUUUGGUUGCACUGCAAUGCAGGUCUGUUUUCCCCCUGUUCUUCAACAACCAAGGUUUGAAAUUCCGCCAUCUAGAUUCUCACCGGCGAACGACCUUUCAAGAGUCAGAAUAAUCUGCAAAUCGCUCAUUCCCUUUUGCAACAGAGAUCACCCUAUGUCUGGAAUUUCCAGAACCAGCCCCAGCGAAUGCUCGAAAAAUGCUGCAAUUCUACUCCCCAUCUUCGACUCACAAUGA